CGGUUUAGUUAGUUUAGUUAUAUGAACAGAAUGGUGGAGAGUAGAAUAUCACGUACGGAUAAGACAGAGUUUACAGAAUGCUGGAGGACAUCAUGGAAAACUCCUUACAUCAUGAGACUGGCCUUAUCUGCUGGCAUUGGUGGCCUCCUCUUCGGCUAUGACACUGGUGUUAUCUCGGGUGCCCUCCUGUACAUUAGGGAGGAUUUCGACUCUGUUGAUGAAAAGACAUGGCUACAGGAAACAAUAGUGAGCAUGGCAGUAGCAGGUGCGAUAUUUGGUGCAGCAGCAGGGGGUUGGAUGAACGACAGAUUUGGACGUAAAAAGUCAAUAUUGGUAGCGGAUAUGCUCUUCUUUGUGGGUGCAAUAAUAAUGGCUGUUGCACCAGCACCAUGGGUCAUCAUCGUAGGUAGAAUCUUUGUUGGAUUCGGUGUUGGAAUGGCUUCAAUGACAGCUCCUCUUUACAUCUCAGAAGCUUCACCUCACAGAAUCAGAGGCGCACUUGUCAGCACUAAUGGCUUGCUCAUCACUGGUGGCCAAUUCCUUUCUUAUCUCAUCAAUUUAGCAUUCACCAAUGUUGCUGGAAACUGGCGUUGGAUGCUUGGUGUUGCAUCUAUUCCUGCACUCGUACAGUUUGUUUUAAUGCUGUCCCUGCCCGAGUCUCCCAGAUGGCUUUUCAGGAACGGUAAAGAGGAAGAGGCCAGGUCCAUCAUGGAGAGAAUAUACCCGGCCGAAGAAGUGGAAGAAGAACUAAGCGCUCUGCGAACAGCAGCUGAGCAGGAAAAGCGCAUAGCAAGUUCACUAGGUGACGAAGGCGGCCUUUUCGGCCAAUUAAGGAGCGCAUGGAGAAACGAUGCUGUUAGAAGAGGUCUAUACGCAGGCGUAACUGUCCAGGUGGCACAGCAGUUUGUGGGCAUAAACACAGUCAUGUACUACAGCCCAACAAUCAUCCAAUUUGCAGGUUUCGCAUCAAACAAGACAGCAAUGGCGCUCUCUCUCAUCACUUCUGGACUAAACGCAGUAGGAUCAAUAGUGAGCAUGUUCUUUGUUGACCGGUAUGGAAGGAGACGCCUCAUGAUAAUAUCAAUGAUUGGAAUCAUUACAUGCCUCAUAGUACUAUCUAUAAUCUUUUUUAGAGCUUCUGUGACAGCCCCCAAAAUCAGUCCCACCGAGACGGCAUUCUUCAGCCCCAACGCCAGCUGCCGGGCUUACACGGAAGCCAUUGAUGCAGGGUCUUGGGGGUGCAUGACGUGCUUGAACAAGGAAAACCACUGCGGUUUCUGCUCUUCUGGAAUGAAUCCACGUGCAGAUGGUGCAUGUUUGGAGAUGAACGAUGAGGUAAGAGGAAUGUGCAGAGCAGAGAAAAGAAUAUGGUACACAAAGGGGUGUCCGAGCAAGGUUGGUUUCAUGGCGGUAAUAUUCCUAGGGUUGUACAUAAUAGUGUACUCGCCGGGUAUGGGUACAGUGCCUUGGAUAGUGAACUCGGAGAUAUAUCCGCUAAAGUACAGAGGACUAGGGGGAGGUAUUGCAGCAGUAUCGAAUUGGUGCUCAAAUCUGAUAGUGAGUGAGACUUUCUUGACACUAACGGAACAUCUAGGAUCAUCGGGAACAUUCAUGUUGUUUGCGGGAUUAUCGUUGACGGGGGUCGUGUUUAUAUUCUUGCUAGUGCCGGAGACUAAAGGGCUACAGUUUGAGGAGGUGGAGAAGAUGCUGCACAAGGGCUACUCUCCAUUCAAGAAGAAGAGGAGCAAGAGUAAUGAAAAUGUUGUUGGUUGA